AUGAAAUUAAAAUUAUUGUCACUAACGAAUCUGGCUUUGUCGGCUUACGCUUUGCCCUCCUACGCUGAUGGCUUAUCCGCUUUCACCUCGUUCAACUUGGAUAAAGGCAUUUCCUCAAUCCAAUCCUCAAUUGAAUCAUCUUUACAAUCGUUUGGUUUAAACUUGUUCAAUAACCACGAUAAGCCCCUCGUUCUGUCUCAUGAUCAGUUCCCAAACCAUCAAAUUAGGUUGCAUCAUCCUACCUUGUGCGAUUCCGGCGUCAAACAGUAUUCUGGUUAUAUCGAUAUCUCUGAUUCAAAAUCUUUGUUCUUUUGGUUCUUUGAGUCUCGCGCUGAUCCUUCAUCUGAUCCUUUGGUUAUGUGGUUGAACGGUGGCCCUGGUUGCUCCUCCUCCACUGGUCUUUUGACUGAACUUGGUCCUUGCAACAUCGCUAAUGACGGUCAAUCAACUACUUACAAUGACUACUCUUGGAACAACAACGCUAACUUGCUCUUCCUUGAUCAGCCUAUCAACGUUGGUUACUCUUAUUCCGAUUCUGAUAAUGUUAAUACUACUCCUGCCGCCGCUGAUGAUGUCUACGCCUUCCUCCAGAUCUUCUUUAAACACUAUUCUUCAUAUGCCCACCUUCCUUUCUCUAUCGCUGCUGAAUCAUACGGUGGUCGUUAUGCUCCACUUAUCGCUGACGUUAUCAACAAUCAUAAUCAAAUUGACAAGAGUCUUUAUAGAAUCAAUGGCUCUUUUGAUGACUUUAAACACAUCAACUUGAAGUCUAUCUUAUUGGGUAAUGGUUUAACCAAUCCAAAAGUUCAAUUCCCUUCUGUUUAUGAUUACGCCUGUCAUGGCCCAUAUCAAAUCUUCGAACCAAACGGAUCCGAGUGCGCCAAUCUUAAAUCGAAAGCACAUACCUGUGAAACUCUGAUUGAUACUUGCUACAAAACAGAUAGUCGCUUUACUUGCUUACCUGCUGCUUUAUACUGCUGGUCUGGAAUGUACGGCGCUUUCCAACAACUUGGCUUAAAUCCUUAUGAUGUUCGUCAAUCUUGUGAUCGUGAGAAAGAUGGUGAUUUGUGCUACAAAGAAAUGGACUGGAUUCAAACUUAUUUAAACAAACCAGAAGUCAAAAAGCAACUUGGCGUUCCAAAAUAUAUCGAGUUUCAGUCCUGCAACUUUGACGUAAACAGAUCAUUUAUGGGCCAAGGAGAUUCAAUGCACAAUUCAGCUGAUCCUGCUAUACCAAAUCUCUUGGAUUCUGGUGUUAGUGUUUUAAUCUAUGCUGGAAAAGCUGAUUUCAUGUGUAAUUACAUUGGAAACAAGCAAUGGGUAGAACAGCUUUCUCAUCCGCUUGGAAAAGAGAUUGCCCAAUCUGAUGAUAACGAGUGGUAUUUCAAUGGCAGAAAGGCCGCUUCGUACAAGUCAGCAAAACAAAGUGAAGCUCAUCUUACAUUCCUUGAAAUUGAAGAAGCAAGCCAUAUGGUUCCAAUGUCACAACCAGAGUUUUCCAUCAAUUUCUUCAACCAAUGGAUAUUUGAUCAAUCUUUCAAUAGCACUGGCAUUUGA